AUGGCUUCUCCAUCAUCCAACAACCCAUCGCAGGGUGUUACAUUUGGAGUUGAACUCGAGAUGGCUGUACCAUUCCUGUUCUUCGACCAGCCAGACCCUGCUGAAGGAAUGGACAUGAGAAAGGUGAUUCGCGUCUCGAGAGAAACUAAAAGUCCCCGAACAAGUUUCCGAGAGGAGACUCCAAGACCAGAAAAUAUCUUAGAAGGCAUUUUCAAGGAAUUUCUCCGAGGUCAUGGCCUUGCCAUCUGGGACCCUACCAUGCAAGGGAAGGCCGAUCAAGCAAUCAGCCCUCCCACAGGGUGGUUUAUUGGAAUCGAUACUUCUAUUCACGAAUUGAAGUUCGCCCACUACAACUGGGUUGGUCUAGAACUACGGAGCCCUGCGAUGCUGGCCAACGAGACUUCGUUUGCCGAAAUCAAGCGCGUAGUCAGUCUGCUUAGAACUAGCUUCCGUCUGAGAGUUAACGAGACCACUGGGUUACACGUGCACGUCGGCCUUGGAGCUCAGCGUCUCCCUCCUCGGGCCAUCAUCCGCCUCGUGCAACUACUCUGGUGCGCCGACGGCACAUUAUCACAAUUACACCCACCGGAACGUUUUCUUAGCCCAUUCUGCCCAUCCAUCCGGCACGAUAGCGUUCUCGCUCGACGUCUGUUGGACGACUGGAGAGGCACCGAGAAUCUCACAGUAGGUGGCGGUCUGGCUAUCACUCCCCUAACCGUGUCUGCAGCAUUGACUGACCGGUUGAAAGCGUUGCUUCAAGCUCCAACUUCUUUCCCUGCGCUCGACUCGCGGCCAAAUACCUCCCGUCUCCAGCGACUCCCGCCCGUGCGAACCAACCCGUAUGAGGACGCCGGCGCCCAAAGACGUUAUGGCAUGUUAAACGUUUUUGGAGGAGGGCGACCGCACAGAGACUUCCUACUCAUAUCUCGACCUGCUGAGGGAAUCACCGAAGAGACAUGCCUGCCAGUGCUAGACGGCCUACGUGCUCUCUGUCGACCGGAAAUGUAUGAAAAAGCAACCCGGGCGGUUGAUGAGAUCCAGAUCAAUUCUAUGAAGCGGGCCAAUUACAACUGCAACGCUUAUGGGUUCCAACACGUCGGCGGUCCCCCGAUGCGGAUGACGGUCGAGUUCCGCGAGGCGGCUGGCUCCCUUGACCCUUCCUGGGUGGCGGCGUGGGCCAGGAUCACUUCCCGAAUAGUCGAGUUCUGCCUUGAAGCUGAAGAGGAUGAGUUCGUCGAGCUCCUUAUGAGAGUCCUGGAGGCUGAGCUAGCGUUUGAGGCCAACGGGGGAGUCUCGCGCUACGAUGUGGUUGAUUUCCUCCAUGACCUUGGCUUGCCUGAUGAAGCCAGGUUUGUGGAGGAAAAUAUUAUUUUCGGCGACAAAGCAAGCUUCUGGUUUCCGUGUGCUCUAAGCUGGAGUCAACUGGACGACCAGCCUGGUGCGACGAUUAUGAUGCCAACAGAGUAUGAGAACUGA